AUGCAGGCCCUCAGUGUCCUAUUGACUGCCAUGUUGAUGGGCGCCGUCAGCUCCGUCCAGGCGGAGGGCGGAUGGACAACCGGUCGAAACGCUACUGGCACCACCGAUCCCAACGUGACCAGCAACUGCACCUACUGGGCCAACGAUAUCUCGUCCAGUGCAACCUGCGAGCAGGUCCAGGAGCAUUUUGACAUUGAUUUCAACCACCUGCAUGCUUGGGUAAGCCUUGUCGUCGACCUUGCACGCUUGGCUUCGUCUUUUGUCGAUGGUCUAUGUGUGAUCCUUGUAUCUGUGACUGAGCUCUCCGUGGCAUAUUGA